AUGAAUGGCUUCAUUGGUCCACCCCGGGAGCUUUCUGCCACUGAGAAAUCUGAGCUUCUCGACGCGGCAACACCUUCAGGAUCCGGGAAAGAAGUCUUGGAGCUGUCUGGGCCUUCCGAACCGGUUGCGCAUGAGCUUGCAGAGACCUUUGCACCUGUGGCUUAUGAGCUCAUGAAUCACGGCACUGCGGAUGAAAGAUCCACGAUUCAGAAUCACGGCGCGAGGAGUAAAUACACGAUCUUCGUAUCCACCAAUAUGUCAAGCCAAAGCUGGACUAGUAUCGGCACAUCGACUGACAUUCCAUGCGUCGGAACAACCAUCUGCUCUCAGAAGCCAAAGACGGUAAAUUUGGACCGGUCAUUACCUCCAACCCCAAUUUCCGAAAGUCCUCAGAUUCCACGCGUCAUAUCAGACUUUAGUGAGGUUGUAACGACAAGGAAAGGUUCCGAAGCGUUUGUUGAAAGGCCAGCUGCUGGGAAGUCUGUUUGCGGGAUAAUGGGCCGAGUCCCUUCUCAUACUCGUCUUAACGCUUGGCAGCGUGAGCUUGCACAUUCGAGUUACGCGUCGAUGUAUAUGGAAUUUGUCAUCUCGCCGGGCCUGUCGGAAGCUGAGAUCCCUGGUCUCCUCAAAGAUCAGAUGCCUGGUUUCGUUCUCACUCAAGUCGUCAUCAAGUCCCCGGCGCUGGGCCGCGACUACGAGGAGCUUCUACGGCAUGUAACGACAGUCAAAGUCAAAACAAACCCUAAGAAUCCCAAUACCAGUGCUCUUCCUCCUCUUCUGACCCCAGGCAAUGAACGGCCAAUGAUACCUCGUUCAUCUUUUGAGAUCCGCACCUAUGCUAGAUCAAACCUCAGGAGGACCAUGAGAAGACCACAAGCGGCCACGUUCCUCGUUCUGUGCGUUUUUGUGGGCACCACGCUCUACCUCCUAGGCACAUCCAGACCUUCAGCCCCUAUCGACAUUACGCCCCCAGAGCUUACAACAGCUCUGCCCCCUUCGACCGAUGCCUCUCAUCCCAUACGGCAGCUCAUAACAAGGUCUGAGAACGCUUUCAACGAGGUCAUAAACAGGCAAUCGGAUACCCUAGAGAAGGCUGUCGCAGAGUACAGACGGAGAUACCAAAUACCUCCGCCUCCGAACUUCGAUAAGUGGUACGAAUUCGCAAAAGCUAGGAAUGUGGCAUUGAUCGACGAAUAUGACACUAUCUACAACUCUUUACUGCCAUUCUGGGCUCUACAACCAUCCGUCAUUCGGGGAAGGGCACGUGAGGCACUCGGUUUCGACAAUGCGCUGCUGGGUGUAAUCAUACGGGAUGGAAAAGUCGUUAGCGCGGCAGGCGGGUCUGAAUGGCAGCAGAAGUCAACCGUGGGUAUGGUCAAAGACUUCGUCCAAUAUCUGCCUGACAUGGAUCUACCUUUCAACAUCCACGAUGAACCGCGAGUGGUUGUGCCACAUGACGAUUUGAGCAGGCUAGUAACCACGGCAAAAGACGUGGCAAUGCCUGCUGCCUUCCAAAAUAAAAUGCCGAAGAACUCAUGGUCAGCUCGAGCCGCGGAUAUGGAUGAUGGUACAAGGCCAAACGAGGUCAAGUUUACGAGAUUUAAUGUUUUUGCUCAUCAACCCACCUGGACAAAUUCUCGAAUGUCAUGCUCGCCUGAAAGCCCCGCGCGAACCUUGGACGAAAGUAUACAAGACGACAGCAGUGCCUUCGCCUUUUCCCAGCUCGGCUUCAUCUUUAACAAGACCGCAUUCUCUGACAUCUGCUUGUCACCUUCUUUAAAAGAGCGCUACGGUUUCUUCAACCGCCCGAACGCUUUCAACAUCGUCCAUGACCUCUUCCCAGUCUUUUCUCAGAGCAAGAUCAGCAGCUUUCAAGAUAUCCUGUACCCAUCGCCAUGGUACUGGUCCAAUAAAGUAGCCUACGACCAGAGCGACGAUUAUCCCUGGGACAGCAAGAAAGACAAGCUUUACUGGCGUGGCUCUACAACUGGUGGCUUUUCCAGGAACGGGGGUUGGAGACGUCAGCACCGUCAACUAUUCGUCGAAAAGAUCAAUGCCUUAGAUAAUACCAUGGUCCUGGAGAACCAGAGUCCCGAGCCAGGUUCUUUCGUCGAAUGGAAGCUCAAAGAAAGACCUAGAACAGAUUUCAAAGACCUCAUGGAUGUCCACUUCGCCCACGUCGGCCAAUGCGACGCGGGAGAUUGCGAUGCCCAGAAAGAAUUUUUCGAAAUUGCUAAGCCAGAUAAGCAGCACGAUGCCUGGCGGUACAAAUACCUCCUCGAUAUUGAUGGAAAUGCCUUCAGCGGCCGCUUUUACGCCUUUUUGAAGAGUAUGAGUUUAGUAUAUAAGAUGGCGGUGUUUCGAGAGUGGCAUGAAGAGUGGCUAUGGCCUUGGGUCCAUUACAUACCUUUGGGCUUGAAAGGGGAUGAGUAUGUGGAGAGCGUGAGAUAUUUCAACAGUGAGCCGGAUGGGAAGAUACAAGCGCCCAAAUUGGCGAUCCAGGGGAGGGAGUGGGCGGGGAAAGUGCUCAGGAAUGAGGACUUUGAGGUCUGGUUGUUCAGGUUGUUGAUAGAGUAUGGCCGAUUGGUGGAUGAUGACCGGCAGAACAUAGGCUAUGGCAAUGUCUAA